AUGGAGCGGGUCGUGUGGGAAAUUUUCGUACUUUUGCUGUUCUCCCUGGCCUCAGAAUGUGGGGGAAUUUCGGAUAAGGCGGCUGAAGAACCUAGAAAAAGACAUUUGUUCGUACAAAGAAGCCAACCGCUGCCUGGCUCUUCGAAAAAGUUGUUGAAGAUUGAAUACGAAGAACCACCUCGGUUCAGUGCUGAACAAGAGGAACCUGAAUUCUUGCGACGAGUUCGUCGAUCGGUGGAUCCCGACAUGAAUCCCGAAGCUCACGUGGUAAAAUGCUUCAUUCUUUAAAAUAAUUGUCGAAAAUAUGUGUUGGCGAGGUAGAGAGACUUUCAAGCGUUCGGUACAUACGCGAUUGUCAAAGCAAUAUAAUUAUUAAAACUAUGAUGUCAUCGGCUGCAUGCAAACACCUUUAAAGUUCUUCCAUAUAGUUUACAUUUCUAACAAAAGAUUAUUGCUCAGUUUAACUUAUGGGGCAUUUUUAAAAUGCAUAUAUGAGUCAAUGAUCGUCGAGGUUUUUGCAUCUGCUAGCUUUGCAUAAGUACAGUGUGGUUCAUACCAAAACAAAUUUAAUGCGAACUUCCUGCUUCACUGAUCAAAAUUGGAGCGAUAUUUGUCGGAGCAGAGAAUUUGACCUGAAGAUCUAAAUUUUAUUUUCAGUAGUUCUGAACGGUUGUGAUAUAAUAUUUCUCCACCGUUGUACAGACUCGUUCAGCUUAGAGUUAUUUCUGGCGAUGAUAAUGUGCAGUGUUGAUCAAGUAUGUGAAUUUCUUGUGAGUUUCGCACCGAAGCCGUUUUUUAGCGGCAAUUGUCAACAAGGAAAAAUAUCAGAGCACUUCUGCACAAUAUUUUUGGUUGUAUUAACUUUAACAUGUGACAGUUUUUGCCAGGGAAUUGCAUA